ACGCGCUCUGCGUAGAUUAUCCACCUAUAUUAAUACAGCUUGAGUGCCCUCUUUCCUCGGCCUUUUUGUUCCUUCUGUUUGCUUCUUAUACUGAAGAUACCAACCAUCUCAUAUCUCGCAAAUUCCACCCGCAAUCAAUAUACAGAGCGCGCCUUCCCAUCUAGCUCGCUAUUGAACGCAGCUACUCAAACACGUAUCGUCGAUACGUUGUGAACACUGAUAGAUCCUCCACAUCCGCGGAAUUCACAAUGGAGGUCCCCACGGCGACGUCGUUGCGAGACAUCUACCCUGAAGAUGCAGUCCCAGUACAGGCGAAGCGCUGGGAAAGGAUACUGGCCAAGUUCAAAGAGACAUAUGGCAAGCCAGCUGAAUUUGUGGCACGAAGUCCAGGACGAGUCAACAUUAUUGGCGAGCACAUCGACUACUCUCUGUACGAAGUACUGCCCAUGGCCAUCACUGCAGACUUCGUCAUGGCUGUAGCCGUCCGAUCAUCAGAAGAGAAGCCCCGUGUGCGCAUCGCAAACGUUCAAUCCGAAAAGUUCCCUUCCCGCGAAUUCGAGAUACCAACCGAGGGCACCAUUGCGAUAGAUGCUUCUGAGCAUGAGUGGACCAACUACUUCAAGUCGGGCCUGAAAGGUGUCACCGAGCUCUUGAGCAAGAAACAAGGGAAGCAAUUUGUUUCGGUUGGAAUGGACGUCAUGUGCGACGGGACCGUCCCGAGCGGCGGCGGACUGUCAAGCUCGGCAUCAUUCACAUGCACAACCGCGCUGGGCGUCUUAACCGCGAACGGCGAGACCAAGGUGAAUAAGAAGGAGCUUUGCGAGUUAGCGAUUGUCUCGGAGAGAGAAGUAGGCGUCAACUCUGGCGGUAUGGACCAGGCUGCCUCUGUAUUCUCACUCCGUGGUUCUGCGUUAUACGUGAGCUUCAAGCCAACGCUCGACUUCAAGACUCUCGAAUUUCCACACACCGACCCCGAACUCACUUUCGUCACUGCACAGAGCUUCGUUGCAGCCGACAAACACGUUACUGCACCCGUGUGCUACAACCUACGUGUAGUAGAAUGCACCCUCGCGGCGGUUUUUCUAUCGAAGAUCUUCGGGCUCAAGGAUCUGCCUCAAGACUCAUCCCCGCUUGGCGUUAGCCUUCGCGGCUUGCACGACACCUACUUCGAGCAAAAGCAAGGCGUCGCAGACAACACCAAGAGUUCGGUCAGCGAAUUCGAAGACCAACUCAAUAAGCUUGUUCAGCUCGUAGGAGACUAUCUCCCACAAGAGGAGGGUUACUCGCGAAGCGACAUCUGCGCACUGCUAGGCGUGUCCGAAGACGAGCUCAACCAGCGAUACAUGUCCAAGUUCCCCGUCCGCGCGGAGAGGUUCAUGCUGCGACAACGUGCGCUGCACGUAUUCACUGAAGCACUUCGCGUCAUCAAGUUCCGACAAAUACUGUCCUCACCACCAUCAGAUGGAAUAGAGUUCAUCAAGGCGCUCGGCGACCUUAUGAACGAGACACAGACAUCCUGCCGCGACAUCUACGACUGCAGCUGUCCGGAGCUCGACGAGCUUUGCGACCUCGCGCGCGGUGCUGGCGCUGCCGGGAGCAGGCUGACCGGCGCCGGCUGGGGAGGAUGCAGCGUGCAUCUCGUUCCAAAGGACAAGGUCGAGGCGGUCAAGCAGGCUUGGGAGGAGAAAUACUACAAGAAGAGGUUCCCGGACAUCACGAAGGAGAAGUUGGAGGAGGCCGUUGUGGUUAGUAAGCCGGGUAGCGGUAGCAUGGUGCUGAAGGUAGUUGGUGAUAGCAUUGUAUGAGCGUUGUACGAGGGGAAGAGCUGGAGACAAAGGCCCGGAAUAGAAAGUCACGGCUUCCAACUGGUAGAUGCUGUGCACAAUAGCACAAACUCUACUCGCAUUCACACAAUGUCGUCUUUUUCCCGAGAAUUUCGCCC